GAUGAGAUGCAGAAUGCGGAAAUGAAAGUUUCACCAUUCACGCCACUAGAAGCAGCCGCUAUAUCCUCUGUCCUAGAAGAAUGUUUAAAUCAGCUCGCCAUAAUCGGAUUCAUUAUACCAGCCAACGUCGAUCCACGCUGGGAUGAUUCGUUCAAGACAAUCGACGAGACAUACGGGAUGCCUGAUGAACCUGAAAUUAUCUUCAGAGAAGACAUGGGCCUGUUACCAAUUGUACCUACGAAGGCUGAAAAAUUGCAGAGAGAAAGGAACUACAUAAGUGAAGUCCUAAAAAAAGUCCUUCACGAAAUGAAGAAUCAUAGAACAUUUGAUAGUCUGCAAAAAGAGGUUUAUAAUAUCGCGAAGAAACUUGAAGACGAACGUAAUCUUGAAGAAAGCGCCCAGAUGUGGCUCAGCCAAGCUGAACAACUUCGAGAGCAACUAGAAUCCAAUAAAAAAGCGAACGAGGAAGACAGGAAAAACACGAUAAAACUCGCACAAGAAAGCGACGCGCGAGUCGAUCACGCGAUAUUCAUAAAUAAUGGAAAAUUGGGCUAUGCGGAAAAAUGGGCGAAAGCUAGAUUGGAGCAGCAGGAACUUAAACUGAAUCUACAAAAUAAAGAUAUGCUGAACAAAUUGAGUGAAUAUUCAAAGGAGUACAAUGCGGAACAGGCUGUUUCGGCUGAAACACAUACUUAUUUAGAAGCAAAUAUCAAAGAGAAAGAAGAGCAGAUAGAUAUGUGGACGAAGAAAUAUAAUGAGGAGAUUGUGGAACGACAGGAAGAAAUCGAUGAAUUAAAGAAAUUAAUAGAAGAACAAAAAUUAGAAAUAGAAGAAAUACGCACUUUAAUGAAUAAACGACAGGAAUUUAUUGACGAAUGCAUUGCUGAAGAAAAAAGAUUGAAAGAAGAAGAGAAGCUAAAUAAAGCCGCAACUAUUAUCCAAUCGACAUGGAGAGGUUAUAUGGUAAGAAAACAAUUAGGAAAAUAUAAAGGCCUGUGGAAACAAUUGAAAAAGCGGAAGAGAUUACGCCAAAAAAAGAAAAUGAAAAAAAGAGGCAAAAAAUAA